CGCGCUAGAAUCAAAAUUUGGCGCGCUCAGCUGUGCAGUCAUCGCGACGGCUGCAGCAGGCAAUAGCACACGAUCGGGCUACACAUCGCCUUGUACGCCAGGUCGGGCGGCGCGGGGGUACGGUGCGUGGCUGCAAUUCGCAAGCACGCGAUAUGCGCUGUGAGCUAGUGCUAGCUAGCUAUCUCGUUCCUGUUCGUACGCUGAUCAAUCAGUAGAAGUGUUGAUGCAAUGACAAUCUUUUAUUUUGUGAGGUAUUCUCUGGACAAAUUAGUAACAUUCGCCGUCCUGCUUCCACACCAAUAAGACAACGAGCCUCGCUCAUUUUGAACUGUUUACGUCGACUGCAAUUUUAUUUUGAAUUUGAGCUGACCCUGAAUCGGGACGACGUCGACACUACAGUCCAAGUGUAUUUGGUGGCCCUGCCUGAGCCUGAGGCUGCCGGCUGAGCUGAGACGCCGCUACGACUUUCGUGUUUGGGCUCCUAGACCUAGCUGGCUGGCAGUGGUCGAGAAGCCAGAGCAGAGCCAGAGGCACUGGCACUCGCACUGGAGCAGUAGAAUUGACAUUAAUUUCCAGCAAAUUUACAGAUCUAGAUCAAGAUGGUAUUGUCAGCUCCAGUAAUGCGUUUCGGCCACAGUGAAGGGCAAACUGACGUGUGCUAUGACGAGACAGGCAAGAAUAUCCUAACGUGUGGGAGUGACGGAGAUGUCCGUGUCUGGAAAGGAUUAGAUGACGACGAUCCACAGAGCAUCGAUGUCGGAGAAUGUGCGUCUACUUUGGCCCUUAAUAAAGGAGUACUAUACAGUGCAUCUGAUUCAAAUACAGUUCAAGCCUACACCUUCCCAGAAGGGCAAUCAGACGGUAUUAUUGCACGGUUUACCGCUCCAGUCUCUCACAUCUCCCUUUCACAAGAUGGACGCUUCCUUGUUGCCGGUGCCUGUGAUUUCAAUAUCAAGGUGGUUGAUCUCAGAGAUUCAAGUCAGAAGGUUUUAGAGGGACAUACAGCUCCUAUACUAAGUGUCGCUGCUGAUCCACAACAUCAAUAUGUGGCCUCAUCAAGUUGUGAUGGAACUUUGAAAAUAUGGAAUAUAGAAUCACAGAGUUGGGAGAAGUCCUCCGUUCUCAUUCCAAAGUGCAGUGAUGUCAGUUUGUCCAAAACACUAUGUCGUAUGGAUUGGGAGCCAAGUAGUGGAAAGUAUUUAGCUGUCCCUUUGGAGAAGAAGAUCGAGGUUUAUGAAAGGUCUUCAUGGGAUGUUGCAUUUACUUUGGAACCUGAAGAUGCAGGUGGACAUGUGUCAGUUGUGUCAUGGUCGACAUGUGGACAGUACCUUGCCUCAGCUAACACUGACGGUACGAUGUGUUUCUGGGACAUCAAGACAAAGAAAUGUGUUGAAAGGUCAAGACAUAAGAAGGGGCUUGCAGUAUGCGGUCUGGCUUGGAACCCAAAGGUCAAAUAUGAAUUAGCUUUCACUGAUGUUAUGGGAAUGGUGGGAGUCUUUGAAGACAUAAACUUUUCACAAGGAAGACCAAGCAAUAAGGAAUCAGAGAUGGAUGACUUAGUAGCUGAUCUCUUCGAUGAUGCGGCUGAUGAAGAUCUGUUGGAGGCCGUCGACCAGGCACAAGCAGCCAAUGGUGACAUUCCUAAGGAUGAACUAGAUGCCUUGGUCGACGAGGAUGAUGAGGAUGACAAGGUCCAUGAAGAGAUCAGAAGAGCAAAGCAAAGACUGGCUAUGCUCACUGGUGAUGCACCAUCAUUAGAUGGUGCUUCGACGGUCGGAGAUGCAGAGAGUGUCUCAGGUAUGACUGACAUAGCACCACCGCCAGUUCUCAGCGCCCCCGUCCCUGCUCAAAUCACUCCGAUGCAGAAACCGUUCAUUCCAGCCUCUACACCUGUCCACCUUUCAAGUCGAUUCAUGAAAUGGAAUUCUGUUGGAAUCAUCCGUUGCUAUGACACCGAUGAUGAAAGCUCCAUUGACGUAGAGUUCCAUGAUACGGCUGUCCAUCACUCUCUCCACUUCGACAACCAAAAUAACUACACCAUGGCUGAUCUUUCCACUGAAGCCGUCCUGCUUGCUUCUGAGAGCAAUCUAGAAAAUCCAAGUCUGUUGAUGUGUCACCACUUUGUUUCUUGGGAUAACCAGAAAGAAUGGUCAACGUCCUUACCUAAAGGAGAAAAUGUCAAGGUUUUAGGACUUGGAAAAGGAUGGGUAGGUGUCGGAACCGACAAGCGGCUGGUGAGGUUAUAUAGCACCAGCGGUAAUCAGCAUGGUGUCUUCUCUAUACCAGGACCUAUUAUCUCUAUGGCUGGAUAUGGAAAGAAGUUAUUGGUUGCCUAUCAUGCAGGAGUUGGUGUCCCCGGCGAUCAGUGCAUCGGAGUGAAGCUGUUGACUGUGUUUAAAAAGACUCCUGAGCUAGAGUUUGAUGGACGGUUACCGAUGAGUCCCAAGACUGUUUUAUCAUGGAUUGGUUUCACUGCUGAAGGGACUGCAGCCACGGCUGACUCGGGAGGGGUUGUUCAACUCUUUAAUCGUAAGCUGACCUCUUGGACCCCAGUAGCACACACCAAAAAUCAUACGAAGGGUCAUUCUGACAGCUACUGGAUUGUGGGAGUUCAUGAGAAACAGCAGCAGAUCCGAUGUAUCUUAUGUAAAGGAACUCCGUUCCCUCCAACUCUACCUCGUCCAACGGUGUCCAUCCUCCCGCUUCAGCUUCCCCUCUGUGAGCUGGAUACAGAGAAAGGUCAAAUGGAGGAAGCUUACUGGAGACUGAAUUUGUUGAGCCAGGAUCUUGACGAUGAAAUGGCUAAAGCAAAGAUGGAGAGAGAACAGCAAGAUAAUCUCAUGAAGUUAUUCGCUCUUGCAUGCCGUUCCGAGAGAGAGUUUCGCGCUUAUGAAGUUUGUGGCUUGAUGACAUCGCAUCAAAGUGUCAGCUUGGCUAUCAAGUAUGCCAGUAGAUCACGUCGUAUGGCUUUAGCACAGAAACUCAGUGAGAUGGCCAGUCGAUUAAUGGAUGAGGAAGAAGAAGAGGAGGAAGAGGAAGAAGAAUUCAUUCAACAUACCAGAGUUCAUCCAAGAAAUCAGUUGAGAUCUGGUCACCAGUCUAAUGAGAUGAAUGGUGAUAGGAGUGAUGAAGAAACAGAGAUGAGAGAAGACGAGGAAGAAAUGGAAACUGUCCCCACAUUGAAUCUUAAUACCAAACAUGAUAAAAUUCCCUCUCUGCUGCCUUCAAGUCAAGGAAGGAGGAAUCCUUUCAAGAAGAACCAAGACAGAGCAGGAUCUAAUCCUAGAGGGACCAACGUCUUUGAUGAAAUGAAGAAGAAGUCGCCCGACACGAAGAGUCAAUUCAAGCCUGGGAAGAUGUCACAGAAGGUCGCAGCUAGCAAUGGGGAUUCAACAAAAGCAAGAACCCAGGCAACGUUGUUUACUUCCAAGGCAAAGCAACCAUCAGAUACAGCAGACACUGCAUCUCAGAACAAAAAGAAGCCAUCAGCUUUCAAUUUCUGGUUGUCCAAAAAUCGUGACUUGUUAGAAGAGGAAAAUCCCGAACUGAGUGCUAGCGAGAUCAUCAAAUUGGCAAUGCAGAAAUGGAAAGACAUGUCAAGUGAUGAAAAGAAGGAAAUGGAAGAAAAGGCAGCAGAAUCAGUCACAAAACAAAAUGACCAUGCCAACACGCAACCUGAGAAGAAGCAGUCAGAAAAGAAGAGAAAACGGAUCGGUGAUGAAGCAGAGAAAGGAGAAGAGAAGAGAAUUAAACCUGGGAGACCUGAGAAAGAUUCGAAGAAACUGACUGGAGCUACCAAUGCGAAGCUGGCUUCUUUUGCUUUCAAUAAAUGAUGUGUUCAACAAAAUACACUCAAACUGAUGCCAAUCUAGCUUUUUUUGCAUCCUAUAAGCGAUGCAAUCAACUAAUGCAUUCAAAAAACACCCCUGACUGAUGGCAAUCUAGUUUCUUUGCAUUCAGUAGGUGAUGCAUUCAAAGAUAUACACUCCAACUGAUGUCAAUUUACCUUCUUUUGCAAU